AGCGCGCGGAGAGGCAGUUGGUGAGCGAGGCCCGGAGGGAUUGAUAAUGACCCUAUGGGUGGACAAAUACCGGCCGACGGCCCUCGGCAAACUCGACUACCAUAAGGAGCAGGCUAGCCAGCUCCGCAACCUGGUGCUGCUGACUGCUUGUGCCAGGGUAGUCCUCUCGCACUCCUAGGUGCUGCUGACUGCCUGUCCCAGGGUCCUCUUCGUGCACUCUCCAAAUAGAGUUUGAAGGACGGUCAUAAUGGUGCCAAAACAGAAGUGGAAGCAAAAUUGAUGGCAACUUUAAAAAGGAAGUGGGCAAAUAUUUGCUAAAGUAUAACUUGAAAGGUUUCGGGGUAAGGGCAGAUGGAUGUGACUAAAAAUAGAGUGCUCUCAGAGCAGGUUCAAUGUGGUGAUUUCCCUCACUUGCUGGUGUAUGGACCUUCAGGCUCCGGAAAGAAGACGAGGAUAAUGUGUUUGCUUCGUGAGCUUUAUGGUGCAGGAAUAGAGAAGCUAAGGAUUGAACAUCAAACAGUAACAACACCAUCCAAAAAGAAACUGGAAAUAAGCACAAUAGCAAGUAACUAUCAUCUUGAAGUUAAUGCAAGUGAUGCUGGGAACAGUGACAGAGUGGUUAUUCAAGAACUGAUUAAAACAGUAGCACAGUCUCAACAACUUGAGACAAGUACACAGAGAGACUUCAAAGUUGUGUUGCUGACAGAAGUUGACAGAUUAACAAAGGAUGCCCAGCAUGCACUGAGGAGGACUAUGGAAAAGUACAUGUCUACUUGCAGAUUAAUUCUUUGCUGUAACUCGACAUCAAAAGUUAUUACUCCCAUUCGUAGCCGAUGUCUUGCAGUGCGAGUCUCUGCACCCAGCAUUGAGGAAAUUUGCCAUGUGCUAAGUGGAGUAUGCAAGAAAGAAGGUCUCUUACUUCCUCAAGAACUGGCCAAGAAAAUUGCAGAAAAAUCCAAUCGCAACCUUAGAAAAGCACUGCUUAUGUGUGAAGCCUGCAGGGUUCAACAAUAUCCAUUUUCAGCAGAUCAAGAUAUUCCUGAGACCGACUGGGAAAUAUACCUCCGCGAAACUGCUAAUGCUAUUGUCAGCCAGCAAACGCCACAAAGGCUGCUUGAAGUACGUGGACGGUUGUAUGAGCUUCUGACCCACUGCAUACCCCCUGAGAUAAUAAUGAAGGGUCUCUUGUCAGAGUUGUUAAACAACUGUGAUGGUCUCCUUAAAGGCGAGGUUGCACAGAUGGCUGCCUAUUAUGAGCAUCGUCUACAGCUUGGCAACAAGGCCAUCUAUCACCUGGAAGCAUUUGUGGCCAAGUUUAUGGCUAUUUACAAGCAAUUCAUGGAAGAUGGUCUGGAAGCUAUGAUGUUUUAAUGAAAUUUCUGUUCAUAAAGAUGUUCUCUGGUCAUUUUGGGGAGGAUGUGAGUAUAACAGAUGAUUCUCUUUCUAUGCUAUAGAAACUCAGCUAAAACUUGUAUAGCAAUUUAGUUGACUGAACAAAUCCUGUCUCUUUGCCCUAUAACUUGAUGAUAAACCUGCUGUAAAUAAAUUGUCUGAAUCAAUAAUAAACAAUUCCUAAUGAA